GGCGGCACCUGGGGCCGGGCGGGCUGAGGGGGGUCUGCAGGGGUCGCUCCCUGAGGGCGUUAGUCGCACCUGGCUGGCGCUCGGUUUCUUUGGGAAGUCACAGCCUCCAUAGAAGCAUGGAAGUAAUGAAGCCUUUAAUUGAUGAAGAAGACUCAGAUGGCAUCUCAGAAGAAGAGCAUGAAAAUAAUUUCCUGCCAGUUAAAACACAUUACCAGCUUGGCAAUGAAGAAGGCAUUACGUUUAUACAAACACUUACCCACCUCCUCAAGGGAAACAUUGGAACUGGGCUUCUUGGUCUUCCACUUGCAAUAAAAAAUGCUGGUAUUGUGGUUGGACCAAUCAGCCUUGUGUUCAUAGGAGUUAUAUCGGUUCACUGUAUGCACAUCUUGGUACGUUGCAGCCACUGUCUAUGUCAGAGGAUGAAAAAGUCCUCACUGGGGUAUAGUGAUACAGUUAGUUAUGCCAUGGAAUUGGGGCCUCUUGCUGCUCUUCAGAAACGAGCUUCUUGGGGCAGGUGUAUUGUGGACUUUUUCUUAGUGAUAACACAACUGGGAUUUUGUGGUGUUUAUGUUGUGUUCUUGGCAGAAAAUGUGAAACAAGUCCAUGAAGGAUUCUUGGAAACUAAGAUUACUCCCGUGAAUGUUAGUGCCACUAGCAGUUGGUCUGAGAAGAGGAAUAUUGAUUUACGAAUAUACAUGCUGUGUUUCCUGCCGUUCCUGGUCCUCCUGGUCUUUAUUCGUGACCUUAAGAGCCUGUCCUUGCUUUCAUUGCUUGCCAAUCUGUCCAUGGCUGUCAGCCUGGUGAUCAUUUACCAGUAUAUUGUUAGAGAUAUAGUAGAUCCUCGAAAACUGCCUCCAGUGGUCGGCUGGAAGAAAUACCCACUGUUUUUUGGAACUGCAGUGUUUGCUUUUGAAGGAAUUGGUGUGGUACUGCCAUUGGAAAACAGAAUGAAGGACACAACACGUUUCCCACAGGCAUUGAACAUUGGGAUGGGAAUAGUCAUGACCUUGUAUAUCUCACUAGCCACUCUGGGAUAUCUGCGGUUUGGGGAUGAAGUCAAAGGCAGCAUAACUUUAAACCUGCCACAAGAUAAAUGGUUAUAUCAGGCCGUAAAAGUGCUGUACUCCUUUGGGAUUUUUGUGACCUAUUCGAUUCAAUUCUAUGUCCCUGCGGAGAUUCUCAUUCCAGUUGUCACUUCCAGCGUGAAGCAGAAGUGGAAGUUAUUCAGUGAGCUUGUGGUGAGAGCACUAUUAGUCUGCUCAACUUGUGCUGUAGCAGUUCUGAUCCCUCGCCUAGACCUGGUGAUUUCUUUCGUUGGAGCCGUCAGCAGCAGCACUCUGGGACUGAUUCUGCCACCUCUGGUUGAAAUCCUCACUUUCUACAAGGAAAACUUAAGUUUAUGGACGGUAUUUAAGGAUGUUUUUAUAGCUGUUAUUGGAUUUGUUGGAUUUUUAACAGGGACAUAUGUGACGGUUGAAGAAAUCAUUUAUCCCGCAUCCGCAGUUCUAGCUAACGCAACAGAGAGCUUCCCUACAGAUUUAAAUGCUACAAACUUGGUGGUUGGUUUAAAGUAAUAACGAGGAACUGUGAGCUAUUUUGUUCCUUAACAAGAAAUUCUUGACUCAGGACCUGCUUUCAACUACUGGUACUGUGUAGAGAGGUAGUUUGUUAGAGAUGUAGGGUAUACAUGUGAAAAUACAUUAUUUUUUUAGAAAAUAAUUAUAUAUCCCUUCUGGACUCUUAAUGAAAAGCUGCAGGAUGUUGUUUAUCAGAGCAAUAUUAGUUUCAUGAUGCAAAAACAUUCAACACCACAGAUGAUAAACAGUUUAUUUUUGUACAUUUUUUGGUAACUGUUAUCCUGACCCAUUUUUUACACCAUUUCUUUAUCCUUGAUUUCAACUAUACAAAUGUAUAAAAUAUUGUAUUUUUUGUUACCUAUUGCUAGAAGUCUGUAGACUGCAUAUCUUUAUUUCUGUUGGAACAUAUAAUAAUUGGCUUUACAUUCUUAUGUUCUGCCUUAAAUAGUAUCUAACAUGCCCUUUAUAUAUUUUUACUUCUUUUGUCUAUUUUAGAAGAAAAAAAGAACAUGUUGAUAAGUUGGUAAAUGGGCAGAAAUUAGUUUUGUUAUCAAGCCUGUGUGCUGAGUCCCCAGGUGCAAUCCGGAUUUUCAGGGUUCAUAUUUGACUUUCUGUCUCACACUUCAUAGAUGACUUUCCCUCCAAAUGUUGAAGCUCUAUUUUUGGUCUUGUUUUCUAAAACCACCUGUAUUUUGUACAAUAAUAGAACUAUUUAUCAUACUCAUUUCUGUUCUGAAGAAAGUUAUUUUUAAUUAUAACAUUCCUCCAAGAAAUAUGGUAUGCCAAAACCUCUCCAAUGUAGUCAUACAAAUUAAGAUAGAAAUAUAUGUAAUAUUUUGCUUGCUUUAGUAUAUUCCUCAGAAAUCUACCAUUUGGUAAUCUACCAUUUGGCAUUACAGUGCUAGAGUAAUAUACUAGUAAAUAUAUCUAUAUUUAUAUUUUCUUUUCAGAAUAUUUCCCUUGUCAUCUACCAUCUGGUGACUGUAAUGAGCACUUUCAUCUCCGUGUUGAUGAGGGCAUUUCUGAUAGGGAUUCAUUAUAGCAUGUAGUUUAAACUGCAUGUAUUUGUUCAAGCAAUAGUUUUGAGUAACGCUCUGAUUUUCAUUUUAGCAUGGACAAAGUUAAAUACUUGGCAGGCACUUUAAAAGGAGGAGUCUCUGCAGGUGUGAUACCAUAGAGUCAGCCUUUCUUAUGAAAGUGCCACAGAGGAGCAAAUACAGGUAGUUAGCAGACACAAAAGGUAACUUCAGCUUUUCAUCUUAAAGGGUUUUUAGUCUUCAAGCUGUUUUGAAAGACUUUGAAUCUAAGUAUUUCCAUCAGUUUCAUAAUGAAUCUGUUGUUUACCAAAACCAUACACUACACGCCGAUAAUAUAUUUCUGUGCAGCAUAUUUUACUUGACAUUAAAUACUUGUACAUGGAACAUUUCUAGUAGACUGAGAGGAUUUAAACACAAGUUAUUUUUCCUGCGAGUUUUUCAUCUUUCUCCUUAUGUGUUUGGAGAAUAAAGGACUUUCGAAUCCA